GCAAUCCUUUUAAAACUGAAACGACGCCGUAUAUCGGAGUACUGUGGCUCAUUAUCGAAAGAAGCAGCUAUCAGUUAUGAUCAUAGAAACCGAGCUUACGCUAAUGGAGGACAGCAGUCGAUUAUCUGAAUAUUGGGAAACAGGGAUUUACCGGUUCGAAAAUUCAAAAGUUGUUUUUAUGGAUCCAGUUCGGGUACUCAACCGUUCAUAUACCCGGUUUAGGGUUUCACCAUCUGGCUACUACACUCGAUUCUUCGACUCCAAACCAGAAACUAAGCUCUCUUCAACUUCUAAGAAACGAAAGCGAAAACAGGAAAAACCUUAUUCCUUGAACGAAAGAGAAAGAGCAGCUGAUCAACGCCACCAGCAAGUUAAGCCUAUGCUGUUGAAGGCAUUGGAAUGUCUAGCGGUGGAUACUGAUCUUUUGGCAACAAUGAGAGAUUUAAGGACUGAUUUUUGUUCUCUGAAAGAAUUGUUGCCGGUGUCUGAUAAUGAUGAGCCGUGUUUUGUAGACCUAGGCCGUGUUUGGCAGGCUCCUCUUUAUGAAAUUACUCUUAAUUUUCCUUAUCCAAGGAAAGAUUCAGUUGUAUUUUGUUGCUUAGGUUCCUCAUUGGAUCAAUGCAGAGACCAGAGAAUUAUUCCUGUGUUUAAUAAUUUGGUUGUUAAUGAGACGUGUGAGGAUGUGGAGGCUGAACUUCUGAAUAUGAAAUAUUUACUACCUAGACAGAGUUGCUUCUACAUGUCUGACCUGGGGCAAAUUCGCAAUCUUAUUCCUGCUGAAUCUGAUUAUGGCUUCAAUCUAAUAGUCAUCGACCCACCAUGGGAAAAUGCCAGUGCUUCUCAAAAACUCCUGUACCCUACAUUGCCAAACCGUUACUUUUUAUCACUUCCCAUCAAGCAACUUACGCACACAAAUGGGGCACUUGUAGGCUUAUGGGUUACCAAUAGAGAGAAAUUACGUAUUUUUGUUGAGAAAGAGCUAUUUCCUGCAUGGGGAGUCAAUUAUGCAGCUAGUUUUUACUGGCUGAAGGUGAAAGCAGAUGGUUCAUUGGUUAGUGAUAUAGAUCUCUUUCAUCACAAACCUUAUGAGUGCCUUUUGUUGGGCUACUGCCAUCAGGAGGGCACUAAUGUAAGACCUAAUUCAAGCUUGAGAACUGUAGAACAAGAUAAAGUCAUCAUAAGUAUCCCUGGUGAUUACUCAAGGAAACCCCCAAUUGGAGAGUUACUGCUGGAGCAUGUUCCAGGACCUAAACCGGCUCGAUGUCUGGAACUUUUUGCCAGAGAGAUGAUGGGAGGAUGGACUUCUUGGGGGAAUGAACCUGUUCAUUUUCAAAAUUUGAGAUAUUUCAAAGAAAGAUAAGGAUAACGCAUCCGUAUGAAGGCCUUUUAUCGUCGUGAAUUACCAGAAGGAACUGAAAAUAUUUAGCUUGCCUAUUUCCAGCGACAUAAUCCUGUGAUAACAUAAUGAACUAGUUGGUGACUGACUGACGACUGUCCAAUUUGGACCUAAACAAACUAGUCCAACUCCAGUGGCCUACUUAAUGAAGCUUGUGCUACUGGUGAAAGCUAUUUUCAAGCUGAGCUAAUUACAGCUUCAACAUUCGUCAGGCAGCAGGUAGAUAAAGAGGUGGUCAUAAGUAGGGAUUAGAAAAUAUUCCGAACUGGUUUAGUUUUUGUAGCAGUCUGUCGGAGGCUCUUAGUCUUAGUAUUUGUCUUUUGAAGAUUGAGCUUUGGUGCAAGAUAUUUGAUGUUAUGUGUAAACUAUAACUGCAGAAUUGCUAUUUAUCAGAAAAAGAAAAAGAAAUGAAUGCAAAACUGCUUUCAUAAAA